AUGCACGGCACUGUUUUGAGUCUUACGAACCUUUGGAUUGCUUUCGCAUUGACAAUAAUUGGCAACACUUUCAUUGACGAUCUCAAGGCAGGAUCAAACAUAGAUCCUCGUACUCUAGCAGACUGCCGUUCGCUCCUGAUUCUCUCAGCACAAGCUGUAGCCAACCAAAGUCACCACUACCAUAAUGGUACUCUCCUGGCAGCUCAGCUCCAGAGUGCCAUGAGUCCUGAGGACUUGCAGUUGAUUUGCACACAUGUCAAAGUAGCGGGCAUGAGCAGAUCGUACCAGUCGCUGGUGGCAGAGCACUGUCAAAGCCAUUGGCCCCUACCUGGCAAGGUGGCGAUUGAUGAAGAUCUGGAAAAUGUGAAACUGAAUACGUUGCUGGACGGUCUUGAAGAAAUUCAGCUUUAGCGGUGUGAUGAGCGAGAAACUUGAUGUGCCAGAUGGCGAAGGUAUGAAGAGCUUGACCAUUGCGUGUGGACAUUGAGAGUGAGUGUCUUUAGCUCAUGCACUUGAUGUUAUCUCUUAAAAACGGUUGCGGGAACGCUUUUAGAUUUGGAACGGUAAACGUUGUGUACACUGCUGGAGAGGUUGCGUGUAGCUAACGAAUACGUGUCUUUGAC